AUGGCUAUCAGUUACCGUGCCGUACUCAACCAGGACCGAUCGCUGUGCCGGGCAACGGAAAUCCACGAUAAGACACGGCGUCGUGCUGCCAUUCCUCUCCAUGCCGAAAAGCCCGCGUUGCAGCCGACCGUCAAUCUCGACAUCCACGGCAUUCCACCAAUACAAAAAGACAGCAAAGGCAGCGACAACACAUACGAAGUGGCGCUCGGAGCAAUACAGAACGAAGAGAGCUCCAGUGGCGACGGAAAGGAAACUCCCGCGUCUGCGGCGGGAGGCAAUCCGAUAAACCAGAUAAAGGUCACCGGGGAGGAAAAGCCCACAGAAAGAGGAGCGGAACCGGUUGGAGCAUCACAGUUGGAUGCUACCAUCAGCGGAACGAAUGAGCAGGAUAAAAAUGUGAACCUGACUCGAUCGGAAACGGAAAAGACAAAGGUCACCGAAGAGGAAUUUGCUGAACUGGGACUGAGUGACCUUUCAUUGAAUGACAAAGCGGCAGACGAUGACCUUUGGGCUACUCCAAUGGUGUCAGAUGAAUCAAAUGAAUCAUAUUUUACGGACGAUGAAACGACGAUGAAUAUGUCCUUCCAAUCUGCGAUGAGACAAGCUGACCGCGCUGAAGGGAUGACACCUUUCAAAGAAAUACCAGAGCAUCUCAUUGAACGGACGCAAACUGGAAAGGUCAUAAAUGUACGACCACCUUCACCGAUUAGCCCUACACUGACUUUGAGGAGACGUGUUCAAGACUUGGAAAGUGAACUCGACACCAAGGACGGUCAGAUGGCUAAAAGAAAGCAGGAAUACCAAGAGAGACUGGUAUCGCUCGAGACCCGACUAUUUGAAAUGGAACAACAACGGGGUUAUCUGGAGAGCACGGCAGAAGAAUGGAAGGUCAAAUACGAAAAACAAAAGGAAAUGGCAGAGGAAUACCUGAAAAUGGUAGAUGACAGAGAAAUGGAAGGUCACCUUGCAGUCAGUGACCUUAAUGAGAGCAUGUCCGAAGAAACAGCGGAAAGGUCACGGCACUUAGCCGAACUGAAAGACGAAUGUGACUCACUGAAACUAAAGGUCACUGAAGCGGAAGCUAAGAGAGACGAAUACGCGGCCAAACUCAUUGACGCGACUCAACGGUUGUUGACAAAUACCAACGAGGUGUUUAAGCUCAGAAACGAACUGAAGCUGCGCGACGAGAGUAUCAGAACCCUCCAGAAGGAAUCACAGGAUCAUCAGAGAAGAGCCGACGACGCCGUCAAAGUGGCUAAGGACCUGCGUGAACUCACAGCCACCGAAGGCGCACGGUUGAGCAAUGAAAUCAGACAGGUCAUGGAAGAGAACCAGGCGUUGAAGGAGGAUAACAGAAAGGUCACCGAAGAGAAUACCGAGCUGAAAGGAACCACUAAGACAUCUACCGAACAGGGCAGGAGGUGGAAACAUGAGGCACACCUCCUGGAUGAAAAGGUCACGGUGCUCGAACUGAAAGAUAAAGAAUGGCAACAAACGGUCCAUCAGAAGUCACAGGAGAUCAUCAGACUCAACACGGAGUUGAUUGAUAUGACCCAAACGGCAAUGAUGAGAGAAGACGAGUUGGCGGAACACAUCAGGAGGGUGGAAAAUGAUACGGAGAAGGUGAUCCAGGAGAAAACAAUCCAACUCCACCAGAACAUGUUAAAGGUCAACCAAGAGAACCAAAAUCUGAAGAACGAGAAAGAGCAAUUUGACUUAAAAAUCAGGCGCCUCGAAGAUGAGAAUAAGGCGCUUGUUAUGUCCAACAAGCACAAAGACGAACAGCUUCUGCAAUAUGGAGUCAGGACUACAACAGUGGAGUCGCCCCCGCCCAGUUACA